AAUAAAUAUAAAAGUCAAUUAAACGACACACAACUUCGAUCACAGUUUUAAUUUUAUAAACAAACCUCGUCGAAAAAUCAUCAGCUCGGCUUUCGACUGCUUUUCCUGAGAGUGGACCCAAUCGAUCGCUGAUGCAACCCUCUGACAGCUUCCACCAGCCGGUUGCUUUUUCAUUCACUGCACGCCGCUUUAGCUCUUGAGCUCUUUGUGGUUGUAGUCGGAAGGCCUCUCACCAUGGCGACCCAGCUAAGCUCUGACGAGAAGCUGCACCUCAUCACCAGGAACCUGCAGGAGGUACUCGGGGAAGACAAGCUGAAGCAGAUCCUUCAGGAGAGGGAGCUGAAGGUGUACUGGGGAACUGCCACCACAGGCAAGCCGCAUGUGGCCUAUUUCGUUCCCAUGUGCAAGAUAGCAGACUUCCUCAAAGCUGGAUGUGAGGUCACCAUUUUGUUUGCGGAUUUGCAUGCCUUCCUCGACAAUAUGAAGGCUCCCUGGGAGCUGCUGGAGCUUCGGGUGAAGUACUAUGAGGAAGUCAUUAAGGCCAUGUUGGAGAGCAUCGGUGUACCCUUGGAGAAACUGAAGUUUGUGAAAGGAACUGACUACCAGCUCAGUAGAGAGUACACUCUGGAUGUGUACCGCCUGUCCUCUAUGGUGACCGAGCACGAUGCCAAAAAGGCUGGCGCCGAGGUGGUCAAGCAGGUGGAGCAUGCUCUGCUGAGUGGUCUCCUGUAUCCAGGACUGCAGGCGCUGGAUGAGGAGUACCUGAAGGUGGACGCCCAAUUUGGAGGAGUGGACCAAAGGAAGAUCUUCACUUUUGCCGAGAAGUACCUCCCCCCCAUGGGCUAUGCCAAGCGCGUCCAUCUAAUGAACCCAAUGGUACCAGGACUGACCGGCGCCAAGAUGAGCUCCUCAGAGGAAGACUCCAAGGUGGACCUGCUGGACUCCAAGGUAGACCUAAAGAAGAAGCUAAAAAAGGUCUUCUGUGAGCCGGGAAACAUCCAGAACAAUGGGGUUCUCUCCUUUGUCAAAUUUGUGCUCUUCCCUCUUCGUGGAGGGUUCUCCAUCAAAAGAGACGCCAAGUUCGGUGGAAACAAAGUCUACACGGCGUUUGAGGAAGUGGAGCAAGACUUUGCCACAGAGCUGAUUCACCCCGGAGACCUGAAGGCCUCUGUGGAGGAGGCCCUCAACGAGCUGCUGGAGCCAAUCAGAAAGAAGUUUGAGUCCGCCGAACUGCGCAAACUGGCCAACGAUGCUUACCCUACGACAAAGACGAAAGGAGCAGGAAAGGGCGCCAAGUUGACGGGAGGAGGAGGAGGAGUAGGAGGCGGUGGAGGAGGAGGAGGAGGCGAUGGUCCGGGAGGAGAUGACCAGGAUUUGGCACCAUCUAAAUUGGACAUCCGUGUGGGGAAAGUUGUCAGUGUGGAAAAACAUCCGGACGCCGAUUCGCUGUAUUUGGAGAAGAUCGACGUUGGCGAAGCGGAGCCCAGGACUGUGGUCAGCGGCCUUGUCGCCUACAUCUCCCAAGAGCACUUGCAGGACCGAUUGGUGCUCGUGUUGUGCAACCUCAAACCCCAGAAGAUGCGCGGGAUUGAGUCGCAAGCCAUGCUGCUCUGUGCUUCCAUUGAAGGAGAGCCCAGGAGAGUGGAGCCACUUGAUCCUCCUGAGGGUUCCUCACCAGGGGACCGGGUCUUUGUAGAAGGAUACGAGGCAGGCAAACCAGAUGACCGACUCAACCCGAAGAAGAAAGUGUGGGAGAAAUUACAAGUUGACCUGAAGAUCUCAGAGGAGUGCGCAGCUCAGUGGAAAGACAACUUGCUGAUGACCAAACUCGGACAGAUCACGUGUAAAACUCUGAAAGGCGGAAAUAUCAGUUAGGUACUCGUCCUUCACCUGUCGGCUACAUUGCAAGAGUACAUUUCUUCCACCAGUUGCCAUGGGAACAACAGGAGUGGUUUUCUUGGAGCACGAUGGAACAUGGAUAUACUAAAAGUCAUGUAAUGAUCUUUGAAAGGGGAAGGGAAAAAAAGCGGGUGUUUGUCACUGAAAAGUCAUAGGACCUGUUACGAUUCAUCAAAAUAACUUCAUCUGCACUCUGACAUUAACACGUAUACCAAACUGUGCUUCCGUACUUGAUCAGUGACGGUUUACUGUUGCAUCAGUUGCAUCACAAGUAGCACUGCGCACGACACAAUCAUGCAAACAUAUAUUGCCAUGAUUAAUAAAACAUCAACUCUGACAUGGAAUAAACUGUUCAUGAAG